GUCUUUUUACUUCCUUAUUUUCAACAAACAGUUAUUUGCCAGUGUAAAUCUUCUGUCAAACAAAUUUAAUGGCUUCAGUCUAUGAAAAUUCAGAUUUUAUUUUUUCAACAAGUGCUUCAGGUGAGAAAUACAGUCAAAGCAAAGGUCAGGAAGAAGUCACUUCAUCUAAGUGGGCUAAAGUUUUCGGUAUCUCUCUUGUUUUUGCUCUCGGUGGUCUCUGUGUUCUGGGAAUCAUGUAUAACAAUAAGCUUUCAGAUUUUGAAUUACUGAACGAGCAGCAGCACAACAUAUCAAUGCAACUGUCUGCCCAAGAGAAUUACAGCGCAAUCAUGGAAAGAAAGUUUGAGAUUCUUACAUCCAGGUACAAAAAUUUGAGAGAAUGGCUUUCCUUUUAUGAUGCUCAGUCUUGUAACCUCUGUGUGGAUGGCUGGAUGGUUUGUCGUGAAAAGGUUUACUUCUUCAGCACAGAUAAACACAGGUGGUCAAACAGCAGAGAUGUGUGCAUUUCAAAACAAGCUGACCUGGUCACCAUAAGCAGCAAUGUAGAACAGGACUUUCUGGUGUCUAAUAUUAAAGAGACACAUUGGAUUGGUCUCCAUGAUCUGGACACUGAAGGACACUGGGUUUGGGUGAACAACCAAACCCUCGAUGACACUGGAGUACAGUUCUGGACUGAGAGGCAAUUUGGGAAAAGUGAACCUGAUAACUGGAGACAUGAAGAUCCCUCUGGAGAAAACUGCGCUAGUCUGGGAAAUAUUGACGGCAAUUUAAAGACUUGGUUUGAUAAUUCUUGCAACACAAAGAAGAAGUUUAUCUGUGAAAAAAAAAAAUCCAUUCCCCUUUACCGAUGACAACAACUGAUGCGGGAACAUUUUCUUUGCUUUAAAUGUUGCUAGAAUAUUCAAAGCUGCUCACACAAAAGCUCUUCUUGUAGUCUUUUUUUAUGCUCAUGAAAGAACAUAAUGACAAAAUCGAUUUUGUGUACAAUAUGUGCUGUAAAAACUGCAUCAACUGAACUUUUAUGUUAUAACAAUAACAUUUAGACUGCAAUCCAUGAACUUAUUUUUGCGCCUGUUCUCUCGUUGUUUUUAUCUAUUCUCCACUAGACGUCACUAUUGCAGCAACGUCUACCUUUAACAGCUGUCAAACAUUGCAAAUUAAUAAUUUCACAUUUAACAUCCAAUUUUCUAAUUUUUACUAUAUACAAAGCACCAAGCUGUAAGACAAAGAGAGUCACCUUUCUCCAAACUUUUUAUUGGUUUGCUCAUGUUCUGAGGGAGUGGCAUCCUCCUCACGCUUUAAAAGAUCACUAGUUAAAGGAGGGAGGAGAGUCUGGGAGAGUUAGAUGUUCUGACAUGAAUAUUAUGAUGAUCUUCGACUAGAAAAAAGUCCUUGAUAGACCCCUUUUCAUUUACCAAAGACCCACUGCAUCAAACCUGUUCUCGCUCAACAAUACAACUUCAGCAGAGAUCAACUGCAGCUUUAACAAAUUGCAGGACAAGCAUUUUCAGACAGGCAGGACAUGCAAGUGUCAAGUUUAAACUUUCUUUAUUGAUGCACUAAGUAUCACCUACUCCUUGUCACUGAGGUGUGUUAACUAAAAAACUGAUUGUUCCGUCAAGCUGCUGAUCUGCUGGAUUUCAAAUACUACCAUAAUUUCAUGUCUAAGCUAAACAAUGUACACGUUUGUUCAACUACUUUAAGCAUUUAGUCUAGUUAAUAAAAUCUUGUUUGCAUUGCA